AUGAAGUUGUGCUUUUUCUCCUCGUGGUUCUGGAGACCCAUGUCCUUGGCUCUGGCGCUGGUCCUGGUGUCUGCCUUCAGCAGGGCGUCUGAGUACGAGUACCUGGGCUGGCGUUCGGGGCAGGUGAGUGGCGGGCGCAGCUACGGCAAGCCCCUGCAGUGCCUGGACAUCCCGGAGGACCUGAAGCUGUGUCACAGUGUGGGCUACGGCCAGAUGCUGCUGCCCAACCUGCUGGAGCACGAGACCAUGGCGGAGGUGCGGCAACAGGCGGGCAGCUGGGUGCCGCUGGUGCACAAGGGCUGCCACCCGGGCACGCAGGUGCUGCUGUGCUCACUCUUUGCCCCCGUGUGCCUGGACCGGCCCCUGCCUCCCUGCCGCUGGCUGUGUGAGGCUGUGAGGGAGGGCUGUGCCCCCAUCAUGGAGGCCUUCGGCUUCCCCUGGCCCGAAAUGCUUGCCUGUGACAAGUUCCCCCAGGACGACGUCUGCAUCGCCAUGACCAACGCCAGCACCACCCAGCCCACCCAGCUCUCAGGCCCCACCUCCGUCUGCCCCCCAUGUGACAACGAGAUGAAAACAGAGGCCAUCCUGGAGCACAGGUGUGCGAGCGAGUUUGUCAUCAAGGCGAAGGUGAAGGAGGCUCGGCAGCAGGGCUCUGACCGCCAGGUGACUCUUGAGAGGAAGAGGAGGCUGAUGAACCGCGGCGCGCUGAAGAAGAAGGACCUGAAGAAGCUGGUUCUUUACCUGAAAAACGGCGCUGACUGCCCUUGCCAGCAGCUGGAGCAGCUGGGCAAGACCUACCUGAUCAUGGGCCGCAAGGUGGACGAGCAGUACCUGCUGACCGGCAUCCACAGCUGGGACACCUCCAGCGCGGAGUUCCGCAAGGCCCUGAGGAUGCUGAAGAGGCACACCUGCCCAGGGUUCGAGGCUGUCUUCAAAUGA